AUGAUUGACGCAGAGACGAAGUGGAAUGAGGCCAGGGCAGCUUACCCAGUGCGCCGAGCGAUCCAGAAGAUCCGUGUCUGCUCUCCGGAGACCCGAGAUGAGUUGGAGGCUGAGAUGAUCCGGAUCGUGAAUUCACAGGAGGCUGAGCUGGGAAGCUUGCUUGAGCAGGUUCGCAUCGAGUGCGACCGGGCACUGGAACUUGCAGAUAAGCGUGUUGCGUACGUACACCAGCAGCGGCAAGAGGAGGAAGAGAAAAUCCGGAAGCCAAAAGAAACGUUGAAGGAGCUAGAAGAGCUGAUGGCAGGUUUUCGCCAGAAGUGCUUGGAGUUCGAGGAACUCAGCGCAGAAGGCACAGUGCCUCCCGAGCAGGUGAGCAGUGCAGAGGGCGUUUUCGAGGAGUUCAGUUCGAAGGCCAAGAAGUUCCGCGAUGACCUCAAGGAGUUCGUGCAGCAGCAUUCGAAAGAAUUCCAAAACCAGACGCUGCCACUUCAACUGCGGCAAGGCUGGCUGGAGAGUGUCCGCGCAGGGGCACAGGCCAGCAAGGAGGCUGAGGAACUUCUCGAGAAGAGUCGUACGGCGCUGACGGAAGCCAAGACAUUGGCCAAGAAGGAGCUCUUCAGCGCAGCCAAGACUCAACUCGAUGCAGAGCUCCAAGGAGGGCCUGCGGCCUUGGCCAAGGCACAGCAGCUUGUGGCCGUGUGCGAGAAGAAGGCAGAGCCCUUCAUCGGGAUCCCCAAGCUCAAGGUUCCCAAGGGCAAGGAUGAGAACGAGAUGCUGUCCUUAGCGCAGGAGCUUGAUGAGAUGGUUGGCUCCGCCUGCGAUGGGGUGAGCUCUGCGAGGUCAACACUUAGCUCGCAGACGGCAAAGAUAGAAGUGGAGGACGCGAUCAAGCAGGAUGUCGAACAAUACGUCCAGGAUCAGACCAAGCGACUGAAGAUUCGCUUGGGUCAGCUCGACCGCAGGAUAUCCAGGGUGCGAAACCUGGUGUCCAACUACCAGAAAGAUCUUCAAAACGACAAGAAUGCCGAAAUAAUCCGCGAUCUGAAAGCCAAAGCUCUUGACUUGAUCGAGGAAUCCAAGCUGGAGGAGAGAGUCGAAGAGGCUAGUGCGGCUGUCAAGGAUGCUGAAGGCCAGUCUGAGAAAAUUCGAGCAAUGGACAGCAUGCCAGAACCCGAGAUGAAGGAAGGGCUGCAACAGCUCGAGGACAAGUACCAGGCAGCCAGAGAGAAGCUGGACCAGGUUACAGAGAUGCUUUGCCCCGUAAAGGAUGUUGAUGACGAUGUGAGGGUAACCCUCUGCAAGCACGUCCUGUCCCAAAAAAGCAGCCUCAAGACAAAGCUGCUGUUCCUUGAGCAGCGACUGAAGAGGUUGCAGGGCGUGAUGGAGAAGGGCCGCCUUGUGAUGAAGAAGAAAGAGCUCAACCGAACCCACGGUAUACACGUCAAAGCGUUGAAGGUCAUGGACCUUUUUCGCGAGGACCAGAGUGGUAAAGGCCUGGAAGGCCUUAUCUCGCAGGACGUCUUCGCAAUCAUGGAUGCCGACAAGGAUGGCCUGGUUGGAAAAGAUGACUUCCGGAGCUUUUUCACGGAAGUCAUGGACCUUGCCGACGACACCGCGAGAAAAACGUUCCCUUCCUUGGAGGAGCUUGACGAGCUGUACGACAGCAGUCUGCCUGCAGGCGAGACAGGCCUCUCGCUGGGCGUUGUUGAGCGGCUCCUGAUCCGCUACGUGCAGGUGAUACGACCCACCACAAUGACCCACAACAGCGAAAUUGUGAUGGGUGAGGUGGUGAGGGAGGUGAAGAUCGGCGAGAUCCUGGAAGUGCUUCAGGGUCCCAUCCCGUGUGGUCAGUUGAAGAUCCUCCGGCUCCUGGUUCGAGCAACCUCGGAUAGUGCCGUCGGUUGGACUACAAUGACCGGUAACGCCGGCUCGGUGUUCUUAAAGGAGCUGCUUCGAAGAUAG